AUGCCGCAGCUGGACUCGGGCGGGGGCAGCGCGGGCGGCGGCGACGACCUCGGCGCGCCGGACGAGCUGCUGGCCUUCCAGGACGAGGGCGAGGAGCAAGACAAGAGCCGCGACAGCGCCGCGGGCCCCGAGCGCGACCUGGCCGAGCUCAAGUCGUCACUCGUCAACGAAUCCGAGGGCGCGGCCGGUGGCGCGGGGGUCCCGGGGGCCGGCGCCGAGGCCGAGGUCCGGGCCGAGGCGCUCGGGCGGGAACACGCUUCGCAGAGACUUUUCUCGGACAAACUUCCAGAGUCUCUGGAGGACGGCCUGAAGGCCCCAGAGUGUGCUAGCGGCAUGUACAAAGAGACCGUCUACUCAGCCUUCAAUCUGCUCAUGCACUACCCACCUCCCGCGGGAGCAGGGCAGCACCCCCAGCCGCAGCCCCCGCUGCACAACAAGGCUAGUCAGCCCCCUCACGGCGUCCCCCAACUCUCUCCUCUCUACGAACAUUUCAGCAGCCCACACCCCACACCUGCGCCUGCUGACAUCAGCCAGAAGCAAGUUCACAGGCCUCUGCAGACCCCUGACCUCUCUGGCUUCUACUCUCUGACCUCAGGCAGCAUGGGACAGCUCCCCCACACUGUGAGCUGGUUCACCCACCCAUCCCUGAUGCUAGGCUCUGGUGUACCUGGGCACCCCGCGGCCAUCCCCCACCCGGCCAUUGUGCCCCCCUCAGGGAAGCAGGAACUGCAGCCCUAUGACCGCAGCCUGAAGACCCAGGCAGAGGCCAAGGUGGAGAAGGAGGCCAAGAAGCCAACCAUCAAGAAGCCACUGAAUGCCUUCAUGCUGUACAUGAAGGAGAUGAGAGCCAAGGUCAUCGCAGAGUGCACGCUCAAGGAAAGCGCCGCCAUCAACCAGAUCCUGGGACGCAGGUGGCACGCGCUGUCUCGGGAAGAACAAGCCAAGUAUUAUGAGCUGGCCCGCAAAGAGAGGCAGCUGCACAUGCAGCUCUACCCAGGCUGGUCGGCGCGGGACAACUACGGAAAGAAGAAGAGGCGCUCAAGGGAAAAGCACCAAGAAUCCAACACAGACCCUGGCUCGCCUAAGAAAUGCCGUGCUCGCUUUGGCCUCAACCAGCAGACGGAUUGGUGUGGUCCGUGCAGGAGGAAAAAGAAAUGCAUUCGGUACUUACCCGGAGAAGGCCGCUGCCCCAGCCCAGUUCCUUCCGAUGACAGUGCUCUAGGCUGCCCCGGGUCCCCAGCCCCUCAGGACUCACCCUCAUACCUCCUGCUGCCCCACUUCCCCACAGAACUGCUUGCUAGCCCUGCGGAGCGGCGCCUACAUCACCAGGUCUCUCCGCCGCUCUCAGCCUCCAGCCCCCUGGGCCCCCACGGGCCCCCUGCAGCACCCUGCAGAGUACACAAGUACAGCUACAGGAAUCUCACAGAUAGGCAGCCUAGCAGGCCCAAGACACUUGGCCUCCUCCAGGAGCCCACCCCCUGAGAGGAGGCGACAGAGCCCCAAAGCACGUGGAAAUCGGCCAGGGGCCCUGUUGACUCCCUCUUAGGGUUCAGGCCCUGGAGAUUUCAGAGGCUGCACAACUUCUGCCUGAACCUGGGGCCAUCGAUUCAAACUGCUCAGAGUGGUGGGGAUCAGAUGUGUUGAUGUAUCAUCUCAUGACAGGCAUCCCUUGUGCUUUUUACCAUCUGUCUUGCUAGCCAGAUGCCCCCUGCCUCCCAUGCUUUUCUGCUACAGGUGAGAGAUGGGCUAGACUAAGCCCAGCUGCCCUCCCUACCCCUGCAUCCCCACCACCACCGCCACCACCACCGCCACCACACCCUCCCCAUCCCAAACACUUCAUGGACCAAUAAUGAGCUGGUUUAUCAAACAACGUGCAAGCAAGGUCAGAACCACAAAGCUCAAGAUGACACUUCUCUCUCAAGGGACUACAGAAGCCCUGUUUCAGAAAACCAGCUGUGACUCAUAAGCUGGACAAGAUGAAGCCUCUUUAUGUGUUCUCAGGAGCUUGCAAGAAGAGCAGGCAGCUCAGGAGGCAAUGGGAUAGGUUAAGUCUAGGCUUAUCACCUUGGCAACAGGGAUAACGUGACACUACCCUGUCAGGCAAGUGUGGGUGGUGGAUGGUAUCUGGCUUUAGUUCAGAGCAGUUGGAAAUAUUUCCUGAGAAGCUUACCUGCCUAAGCAGCCCCAAUACCAAGUUCCCAGCCAGUCACAAGUGGCUACAGUCAACAGUUCAAAGAAGUUAUGGCCCAAAUCUGGUAUGCAUCCCUUCCGAUUCAGAGAACUUUUUUCACAGAUCUAUUUCCAGCUCGUCCAUGUCUAGCCAGUUCUUGGGCAGUUGUGAGAGAGGGCAAACCCCAGAUCUCCAACAACUAGUGCCUAUCUUCCAGCAGCAUCAAACUAGGCCACCUUCACUUUCCCUACGGAGCUGCAGGAAGGGCAGGGGCAAAUGGAGGACCAUUACAACCAAAGCAAGGAGCCCAGAAGACCUCUAGUGGUGGACAGUGAGUUUUCACCACUGCCGAUUUUAACCCAUUUCUGAGCCAUGCUUUGACCCUGAGCCUUGAAAAACAAGAUUUUUGUUUUUUUAAUUUAAUGUUACUGUUUUUUUGCAUCCUCUUCACUGUACAUAGCCUGAAUCCAAAGAAAAAGGGCUGUCCAUGUUCCCCCACACACCCCUCAAGAAAAGCCUUUAGCUCCUUCUUCAGCCACUGGUUUCUCAGAAUCCAAAGAUCACACCUUCUAGUGUAGUACUGUAACAAGUCGAGAGGAAAAAAAACAAAACCAUUGUAGUGUUCAAAAUAUUUUUGUACUGUUAAUGCAUCAUCAUAGAAUCAAACUUUUUUUUAACAUGAAUAAAGAUACUUUUUACUGGGUUUCCUUUUCAAAACCUGACCCUGAGGAAUAAGCUGUUUCAGUCACAGAGCAUGACACUUCUUUUCUUCUCCGCAGCCACAAAACUUGGGGUUUGUUCCCUAUUAUGGUAGACGUGUUUCUAAAACUUCUAGCCUGCAGAAGCCAGGGAUUACCCUCAUUACCUUUCCUAAAAAGGCUUGGGCCCAGUCCCAUCUCUAAGAGCUGGGCUUACUUGGGGCAUAAGAUCCCAUUCAAAAAAACCAAUGCAGGCCAGCCUGCUCCCCAGUGCGCAUAUGAGGAAAAAAGGGUUGGAAGCUGCCAUCCACAGACCUUUAAAAGACCUAAAAUAGGUACACGUGACUACCAGGCUCCACUUUCCUCUGAGAGCAGAGAGAAAACACAACAGUUCACAAAUAUGUGUUAUCUCCUUUCAAGGAAAACAAGAGCAAACGUCUCUUAUAACCUAGUAUUAUAGCAAAAUCUAAAGGAAUGGUAUUUUAAUAGCACCCUUUACCCCCAAAGCUGUUAAGACACUUGAAGUGUUAUUUUCAUAUUUUCAUACAAGAGCUCUUAAAUUUGAAUGAUAAAUCUACAACCUAGUUUUUACACGUUAAAGUGUACGGUGACUUCGUGAGACCUGUCACGGACGUACGAAAUGUCAUAAAGCCACUUCAGUAGGCCAGUCAACCACUAGAUACAAGUGCUGGGCAAGAAGUGCUUCCCAGCGGACAGCCAUCCACUGGGCCAGCAGUCAUCCUCCCUGCAUUGUAAUUUUCAAGUUAUAUUUUUGCGUUUUAUAUUUAAAAUUUGUUUUUAUAAAUAACCUUCCAGAGCAACAUCUAUUUAGAAGUAGACUACUGGAAGUUGUAAUCCUGGACUCGCUUCUUUCUGGGAGGGUGCUAGAGGAGACCAGCCAUUCCCUUGACAUCUGUCCCAUUUUAAAGAAUUCCACUCUGGCUACUGGCCUAGUUGUUUCAAAAAACUACAUUCUAACCAGGGCUUAUGCAAGACUGGGUUGUGUAUCUGAUCUGGUGUCUGUUCAGAGUACACUGGGUACAUGAACAAUGCACCCUUUGUGUAUUUGAGUACAGAAGGGGCUUUGGUAACUUCGUUAAAAAUCAGACCAGCCUUUAAAAAAAAAAAA